AUGCAGUGCCCACUCAUUUCAGUCUUUAUUCUACCUGCUCUGUCGCACGCCUUCAGUCUCAACACUACAACAUCAUAUUGGAACUACACGACGAGCAGCCUUGCCACCACCACGUCCUCAAAAUGCAAAGAGGCGUACAGCGCCGAGAUCGACUGCAACGAGUAUCUAGUCCAGUUAGUAAAUGCCGGUGAGCAGCGCUACUUCCUGGACAGCAUGGAGCCCGACAACUUCACUCAAACCUGUACCCCAACUUGCCAAUCUUCGCUAUCGAAGUACAUUGCAAACGUGAAGGAGUCUUGCGCGCAGCCGGGCGAUGCUGCCGUGAAGUCACUGGGGUUCCUCGGAAAAGAUGGAGAGGAAAACGUACCCGUUCAGACCAUCGGGUCCCUGUUCCAGUAUACACUCAUGCAGUCAUGCGCGAAGGAUGAGGACGGUCAAUUCUGCUACAUUCAGCAAAGCUCGGUCCUUCCGGCGGACUUUGACUGCAACUGGGUCUGCGCACUGGCGUAUUACUGGAACAACCACCAGUAUCCGUAUAGUCUCUGGACUGUGGGAGAUCCCUCCAUUCUCAACAUCGAUGCAGACACCCAUCGUCGGGUCAAGGUCGGAAAUGACAUGUUGUUUAUGGGUUCCGCGGGAGAUACCUGGGUCGAUGAUGGGUGGAAGAAUAUCCAGAAGUGCGGGUAUGGGAACUCGACUACUGCGCCGUUUGAUAUUGGAAUCAAGGGUGUUGGAAACGGAAUAUUGAAUGCUUCCUCGACCACCGCUGCUGCGGCCCAGCCUACUGAGACAGAGUCUGCGGGGAGCAAGGUGGUUAUGACGAUGCGGUUUGUAGGUUUGGUGGUUCUGUCAGCUUUUGUGCUGGUAUGA